AUGCAACAAUCAUCAUCAUUUAUCUAUCCAUCAUCACCAUCAUCAAAUCUUUCUUUUUCUGAUUCCGGUUAUUCAUCACCUUCAUUGCAUUUCUCAUCAUGUCCAUAUUCAAAUGAAUCCUUCUAUCUUUCUCCUUCUCAUUCAUAUCCGUUAUCAUCUUCAAUCUAUGAUCAAUCAGUUGUAAAUAGUACACCGAUCUCAUCAUUUAAAAAUUGUCAGUAUAAAUAUGAUCAAAAUAGACAAUUGACUACAUCAUCUCCAUUAGUUCAUUGUGCACGUAAACGAAUCAGUGAUGAAGCAAUCGAAUAUCUCAACACAUUUUAUGCAAGAAAUAAACGCCCAACAGAUGUGGAAAAAGAUCAUCUUGCUGUGCAAUGCAAUAUAACAUUAGCACAAGUUAAUACAUGGUUUAAUAAUGCACGUUCCCGUCGUGGUGAUACAAGAACAAAAUUAACACAAAAAUUAUUAAAAAAACAAAUCGAUUCGUUAAGUAAUCAAAUUGUUCAACUUCAACAACAGCAAUCAUGUUCAUUUUAA